UUGAAUUAUCAUACUUUUCUGAAAGUAUUUUUAUGCUUAAAUUCUUUGAUUCUGAAGAGUACAGUGUAUGUUUGUAGAUGUACUUUCUUAAGACUAAAUUCUGUAUGAGGAAAUACAAAAAGAUUUGUUUCUAAUGGCAACUUGAGAUGAAAUAUAAAACUAGAAUCUACAGAUAACAUUAUUUUAAAUAUCAUAGUAUGGAUACUCUUCUUUUCUCCCUCUCAUACAAAAAUAUCAUUACCUAAUUUUCUAGUUCACUGGAAAGGUGUGGACUGGAGUGAAAGGAGGUAUUCCCCACCUUGACCUUCCCAGAGGAAGUUUGCGAAUUACUCUCCAUGCAUUUGAAAUGGUGUCUAAAUACGGAAUCAUUUGGGACUAAAUUGGGACUAAACCACAUUGCAGGGAGAUGGCCUCUGAGGCUUACAUGAAUCUGCCUAAAGUGGCCUGUUCGAUCAUCAAGCACAUUUCAAUGCUGAUACCAUGCUUGGCACUCUGCUGGGCACGGCAAUCAAUCCUUCAAACAGAAUGACAAGAUCUGUUAUCUUUGAUCUGUCAUUUUUGCCAAAGGAAAAUACCUAAAGGAAGAGCAAAAAUUAGUGAUUGCUGGAAAAGGCAUAGACAGCUAGAUUUCGAACAGCACCAGUCAUCUUCCAAUGAAGGAAGGAGGAAAAGAUGGCAACUGGACAUCUGUAAGGCAGAGUAUUAAGCCACCCAAGAAAGUCUAUUCAUCCAUUGGCAUAUUUAGGCUCAUAGAAUGGUAAGUUUGAAAGGAAUUUUAGGGAACCAGAGUGAGGUUCUGAAACUUGCAGAUGGUCACAUAGGUCUUAAAUCAUAAAUAAUAAAAUCUCUCUGCUACACAUAGGAGAGGACAGCAUAACAGUAAAGAGCAUGGUUUCAGAGAAAGAUCACUUUUGGCUGAAUCCAGUUUCUGCCUCUUAGUGUCUGUAUAAUUUGGGGCAGUCAUUUAACCUUUCUGUGCCUUAGUUUCCUCAUUUGAAAAAUGAAGACAAUAAUAUACUUAUUUCAUACAGUUGUUCUGAGGAUUAAAUACUGUAGCCUAUAAAAAGAGAGACUGCAAAUGCCUAGAACAUAAUAAAUAGCUAUAAUAUAUAAUACGAAUUAUUAUUAUUAAUACUACCAGCACAGAAAACCAUUUCUACUUCUUCAUGUGAUACAAGUUCAAUGUAUCCAUUUAUAAUUUGGAAAAGUUGAAUGAGAACCAAGUCCUUUAUGUGAACAAAAGAUUAUAGUCAAAUGAAAAUGCUAUAUCCUGGUGAACAUUCUUCAUAUAGCCUUUCUAGAGCCUUAAAUAUUAUCAGUUGAAGUUGUUAUUUAAGUAGCAGUCUAUUCAGACUUCUGAUAUGAAGAAUUUGCCUUUAACAGAAAAUAUCCAUGUUAUCCUAAGUUAUAAAACCCAGUGACCCUGGCUUGAGUAUUCUCCCCAGAAGCUUCUACUGUAUGCUGAGCACAGAAUAAAGAUAUACAUUGAAGAAAAUUUAUUUCGGAUAUUAUAGAUUGGAGGCAAAGCUAUAUGUGGAAGCAGGCCAUGAAAAAUGCAACCUCAACUUUCCUUUUGAACCCAUAGUAAUUUAUCUCAGAAACAAUGUUGAGUUCCCUGAACUGUAAGGUAAGUAACUUGCCCCAAGCUUUAAAUCUUCUGUAAGGAAUAAGUCAUUGCUGUGCCUUGUGCUUUAAGCACUGUGCUCCAUGUGUUGGAACUGUGAACAUUACCUGGCAUACUUUAGGGAGGUGAGAAUCUGAAGCACAAUGUGAUUAGGCUAAAUUCUCCAGGAAAAAAAAUACUUUGUAGAUGAGGAAUCAUCAACAUUAAUCAAUCAGUCACAAUAUCUCAUUUAAGGAUAAACUGUCCUGGAGGUACUGAAACACUUAUUCACUCAUUCAAACAUUUUGACUACUUUCUUUAUUCAUGUAUUCUAGGCCUAUUUACUGAGCAUCUACUUCAUGGCAGGCACUGUGCUAGGCACUGAGGAUGUGGUGGUGAAUGCAAUGAAGUCACUCUGCUGGUGGAGCUGACCCUCUUUUGGCCACACCCUGUAUCAGAGAUACACAGAUGAAUUAAAUCCAGGCCUUCUCUGUAAGGUGUUCGGGAUUAAGAGAGAGAAAAGAAAAUGGCAACAGAAUUUGGUGUGGUCAGGGGUAUGGGACUACUGUGACCUCUGAAGGCCAGGAAGGGUUUCCUAGAGAAAUGAGUUUCAAAUUUACUUCUGAAGGGCAAAGAAGAGUCAAUCAGUAGUUAUUCUAGGCAGAGAGAGAACAGCUUUUACCAAGGCACACAAAGGUGAGAAGAAACUGCUGAUGGCUGCCUGGCCAGACAAUAAAUCUGGAGAGUUAUAAAGAGACCAGAAGAUGAAAGGUCUUGAAAUCAGGUUGCAUAGUUUUAUACUUUAUCCUAGGACAACUAGAUGCUAAUGAUGGAUGUUAAUCAAGGAGUGACAUAAACAUAUUUCAACUGUAAUACAGAGAAUGGGUUGAAAUGCAGAGAAUGGACUGGCAGCAAGCAUACCAAUAGGGAAAAUGUCACAGGACUGAACAGAUGAGUAGUGAUGCAGUCUAAACAAAGACAGUGAUCAUGGGGAUGGAAAUAACCGGGCAAGUUUGAAAAACAUUACGGAAGUAAUUGCCUGGUAGCCGCCAGUAAGAGAGAGGGUGGAAUGAUAGUUGACUCCCAGGUUUCUAGCAUGGGAAACUGCGUAGAAGAUGAUGUCAUUCACUAAGAGACAAAGGCGGAGGAGCAAAUUCAGGAUAAGGAACCAUGAUUAGUUUAGUUUUGAACAUAAUGAGUUUGUGUUGUCUGUGAGUCAAAUAAGUGGAGAUGUUCAGUAGGUUGUAGAAUGUGCAGCCUGAAGAUCUGAAGGGAGCUAUGGACUGAUGUUGUAGAUGGCAGAUCAUGGGGUCAGGAUCUUGGAAAACACUAGCAUUGAAGAUGUGAGCACAGAAGGAGAAGAUUGAGCAGAGAGGGACAAAGGGCUAGGUGACAAAUCAAAGGUAAAUGGAGUUACAGAAAAGAAUGGGAAAAAGGGAGAAGGAGGUCUAAGAAAGAUGAUGUAUUCAGCAUUAAAUAUUGAGAAAGCUCACCUACAGUAGGUGCUGAAGUUUGUUUGUUGGAUGUAGUAACAAAAAUGACGUUUACUAGUAGAGUGACCAUCUGUCUGAGUUUGCUUGGAACCUGUUGUUCUAGCAUCAUUAUUAUUAACACGUUGUAGUGCCUAAGUUUGGAUAAUAAGUUAUAUCAUCAUUCGUGUCAUUGAUGAAUGUGAAUAGUUUCAGCAGCAUAUGAAAGAUAGAUUGCAAUGAGUGUAGGGAAGAACUGGAGAAGGAAGACACGAGGUGAGGCCAUUUUCUGAAAGGGCUGUUGGAGAAGGAAUUUUAACGUUAGGUGGGCAUUGAACUAGACAGAUUUUGAAAUUUCUUCCAAUUCUGGGAAGAGUUGGUAGUACUAUUUUCCUUUACUGUUAUGAGUCCUCAAAACUAGUGAGAAGUAAGGAUCUUCUGUUUCUUACAGAACAUCACAGAGCUAAAUUCUAUUUUCUUACAAGUUAUUUUACGAAGCCAAUAUUUUAUAAAUGAAAUUAUUUUUCUUAUUCUAUUGUCUUGAAAAUGAAUACCAGUUACUUAAACUGUCUUUUAUCUCCUCCAUAUACAAAGAUAUAUAAAGUAGAAAUAAGUAAGCUCAUUGUCUCUCUUAAGAAAUUACUGUUAGUCCUAAAUUAAGCAGAACAAUCAUCAUUUAAGUAAUUUUAUAUGAUAAAGCAUUACCAAUAAUGAUUAGAUUGGGAGUCAAUAUUCUGCCUCUUAUUGCAGAUAAGAUUGAUGUAAGAAAGCUAGGAAAAAUAAAUGCUUUUAAGUUUAUUUAUACUUAGUGUGUCUUCUGAUUUUUGGAACUUCCAGGUUAGACCAAACAGAUGGCUGCAAGAGUUUAAGCAUUUAUAUUUAAAAUAAGAUACACACAGUAUGGGUGUUCCUCUGUAUACCAUUUUGGUGGAGAAAUCAUAAAGGAUGUAUCUGAGGGGAUUAAAAUAUCAUAAGUAAAAGAGCAUCUUAGGAAAACAGGCAGGUUAUAUACAAUGGAAGGAUUUUUAAGCCUAUAUGGAUAUUGGGUUGGGUAGAGAGCGAAUCAAGAGUCUCAAGUCCCUCUGCUUUCGUAGUUAAAAGAAUGACAAAUGCAAAUAAUAAAGCCAUUUGCAAAUGUCCCUGUAAGCCUCCUUGCCCAUCGUUGAAUUUGUUAUUGGAGGUCAAGUUUCCAGCCACAAGCCCGUUCCCAUCCUGACUCUUCACAUAUACUGGUGGAGGACUCCUGUGAGUCAUGAACACUGGUGGGGUUAAAAUAGGGGAAGUUUUUUAUAGUUAAGAUGCAAAUGGUUGGCUUUAAGAAAGUGGGGGAAGGGGUAUUUCUGUGAAAGAUACUUCUGUUUGAGAAAAGAGACCAAUGGGAAGCAUUAAAUUGUACCAUAGCUAUAAUUUCUCUUCCAUAUCUAGGCCUGUGAGUGGUCCCAUAAAGCAUGCUGUUACAGAGAAGUAUCCUUCUCUCCUCUCACUGUUUCUUAAGUAAGCAAUGGCCUCAGUUUUGCUUCUCUUUUGGAUGAACACCACCACAUAGGGCCUGAAUGUGAAAGAAGACCCUCUAUUUGUCUGUUCCAGGGCAGUCUGGUAGUAAAACACCGUUGAAUGGGAUACAGUUUCAGCAGACCAUCAGGUGAAUGGGACCAGUCUCUCUUCUUCCAAAAUAUCAGAAGUUAAGCACUUGGAACGGAGAUUUGGCCAAGAUGACCCAUUUACAGGCUGGACUCAGUCCAGAGACUAUAGAGAAAGCUCGCCUGGAACUGAAUGAAAACCCAGAUGUUUUACAUCAGGAUAUUCAGCAAGUCAGGGACAUGAUCAUCACCAGGCCUGACAUUGGAUUUUUACGUACAGAUGAUGCCUUCAUCCUGAGAUUUCUCCGAGCCAGGAAGUUUCACCAAGCGGAUGCCUUUAGACUCCUGGCUCAGUAUUUCCAGUACCGCCAACUAAACCUGGACAUGUUCAAAAACUUCAAGGCAGAUGAUCCCGGCAUUAAGAGGGCUCUGAUCGAUGGAUUCCCUGGGGUGCUGGAAAACCGAGACCAUUACGGCAGGAAGAUUCUUUUGCUGUUUGCAGCCAAUUGGGAUCAGAGUAGGAACUCCUUCACAGACAUCCUUCGUGCCAUCUUGCUGUCGUUGGAAGUUCUAAUCGAAGAUCCGGAGCUUCAGAUAAAUGGCUUCAUUUUAAUUAUAGACUGGAGUAAUUUUUCCUUCAAACAAGCCUCCAAACUGACACCUUCAAUCCUUAAACUGGCCAUUGAAGGGUUGCAGGACAGCUUUCCUGCCCGCUUUGGAGGAGUCCACUUUGUCAACCAGCCCUGGUACAUUCAUGCCCUCUACACACUCAUCAAGCCAUUUCUUAAAGACAAGACCAGGAAACGGAUUUUCCUGCAUGGAAACAAUUUAAACAGCCUUCACCAGCUAAUACACCCUGAAUUUUUGCCUUCUGAGUUUGGAGGAACUCUUCCUCCUUAUGAUAUGGGAACUUGGGCCCGGACGUUACUCGGUCCUGACUACAGCGAUGAAAAUGACUAUACUCACACAUCCUAUAAUGCAAUGCACGUGAAGCAUACAUCCUCAAACCUGGAGAGAGAAUGCUCACCCAAGCUGAUGAAAAGAUCUCAGUCUGUGGUAGAAGCUGGGACCCUGAAACAUGAGGAGAAGGGAGAGAAUGAGAACACUCAGCCACUCCUGGCUCUGGACUGAACCCUGAGUCACACCAAUGCUCCCGCACACUGGCCUUCAGUGGUAUCAGCCACCCAGGAAGCACAUGCGCAACUGACCCAUACAGACCCGUGUGUUCUGCUUGACACAAGGUCCUCCACUCCUGACCCCCUGCAGUGACUGUCACCAGCCAUCGGUCUGAGCAGCCAAAGUUGGACAAAGACUUGAGAGAUGCUUUUUUUUUUCCCUCCCGCAGUGAGGGGACUGGAGGAUGAUGCAAGGCAUUUAUGUAAAAAAGAUUAUACUUCCUAUUUAUGGUAGUAAAUAAAUUGAAAAAGUAAAAAACUAAAUUUGAUGCACACACUGCAUUAGGACAAGAAUUUUUCUGAGGUAUCACACAAGGACCCUCUCCGGUUUUGGAAAAUUAACUGCAUUUCCAAGUAAAUGUAUCAGAGUUAAACUGUGCAGACACCACUGUCAAGUUUCAUGUAGUACAAAGCCCUGAGACAAUAGCAUUUCUGGUAAUUUCCAUUCUUACUGAAUUAUUUCCUUUGACCUCAUCACCAGCAUUGAAUUGUUCAGCCUAAGAGCAUGUUCUCAUAGGUCUGGGUAUUUGCAAAGUUUGCUUAUUUUGAUAUCCUGCAAAAAAAUUAUUUUGAUGUUACAUCUCUUGUCAGGCCACUAGCUGACUGUCAGGAGCUGACUUUAAAGGAAGACACAUGCACAUGAAAUACAAUUAUUUCAUCUGAGCAAUGUGAGUUUCCACAGGCAGUUCAAGAGCCAAUUAGUGCAGCGUGUGUCUGCAGAGGAGCUGUCUCAUUGAAAACACAUGUCAGUGAUUAAUGAAUCCAUUCCAGUUGUCUCAACUGGGUCACUACAGCAAAGAAAAGUGCUAUCAAACCAUUUACCCCUUGUCCCCCAACCCUCCUGCAGCCAUUAAAGAUGUGGAGAAAGAAUGUGGUUGUUGCUCCAAGGGUAAAUAUUCAAUCAUGGAGCAAGACCCAUAUGGAUGUUUAAAUAUGCAAGUACUGAAAUAAGAGAAGACUAGAAAUGCAAGAUGAAAUGUCAAAGGUCAUUUUAUUUACCUAUUCUCCUUCGAAAUGGAGUCCCUAACUAUCCAUUCAAAAGAAAUCAGAUAUAAAAUAAACGGACAUCAUACGAUAUGAUAUUCUUACUUGUGCCAUGUUUUCCAAGACCGGUGCAUAUUUUUAGAUAUCUCUUAUUUGCCCAGCCAUCUGCAUGACAUGGGUAUUUAUUAGUAUGACCAGUUGGUGCUCAAUGUCAAACAAAAAUAUUUUAGUGAAUAAUGGGCAGUAAAAUAUGAUUUUACAUUUUAAAUAUUUGGGAGAGUUAAUUUGUUAGCUAAAUAAUUCAAGGGAAAGAGAUUAUUCAACUCAUCAAAAUCACCCCUGAUAAUGUUAUUACUAAUCUUAAUUAUUUAUUACAUCUCUUUCCCAAUGGAUCUAAUAUUUUAAUUUUUUUUUCCUAUUGGUAGAGAAUAAUAACAGAAGUAAUUUUUAUAUUACAUCCCUGGAGAAAUAAAGUUGAAACAGAAUUAAAAAUACUUCUCAAACAACUGUAUCACAAUAUAAAUUAAAUUAAUUCAUUUUUGUGUAGACGUUGGAAAUCAGAAAAAUAAUAACAUUGAAAUAAUUCUACCAAUGCAGCGACAGAAACACUUUUCUUAUGUACCAAGACAUAGGUAAGAGAAAGAAAGAAUUAAAGUGAAUUAGAAAAUCCAUUUUAUUGCUUGAGUUUAAAAUAGUUAUGGGAUACAAGUAUUUACAAUGCUAUUGGAGUCAAUUAUUGACAACACUUUGCAACAGUAAUGCCAUUUCUAGUUUUUCAAUUGGCAAUACUUAGAACCCUACUGUAGUGACCUGAUUUUAAAUACCAUAUUUACUAAAUUAAGAGCUAGUUUUUACUCUCUUCCAUAAUUUCAUUACAUGAAUGUAAGAUGAUGGCUCAACAAUGACGACUUAUAGUUUGAAUUUCUUUAUGUGUAUGCAAUAUACAUAUGAGAACCAAAUUCAACAAGUGACGCGAAUGUUACUACAUGAGCAUUGAAUUGUAUUGCCCUUGUCAGUUAUUUCCUCUGUUCAAUAAAUACUGAAGGACACAAAUACUUUUUUACUUUUCAAGAGUUUGCCUUCUCUUCUCGAUUUUAUUUAUUAAUUUGGAUAUUUUUCCUCCCAUGCCUCUUCAUCUGAUUUAGUGGGAUGUUUUCAAUACCAGCAAAACAAAAGAACAGGAAAAGUAUUUUGCAAACUUAUCCACUGGAAGCUAAUGUCCUUAAGGUCAAGCAAAAAGAGUCAAUUUCAAUUUCAAAGAGCUGUUCUUUAAAUGAGAUAAAGAAAGUCUCCUUUUGUUUUUAGAUGGAAAAGAAAGCACACGUUUUUUCUACCUGUGAAUGAAAUUUGGUGACCUCUGUGCCAGUCCUGCAGCAAUUUUGUUCAUAUUGGUUUAGAAUUCAGUGCAUGAAUAUCAUUACAUUCUUAUAGCUAACAUUUCUAGUUAGCUUUGAUUCAAAACAUACAAAAUCUGAUGCAUUAAUACUUUACUAAAUUAAUGACUUGAUCAUCUUUGGAAUGAGUAGGCAAGAUGAUUUUUAACUGUUAUUUCUAUGUUGUGGGUAAUGUUAAAACUAAAUAUAGAAGAUAAAAAUUGCUAUUUCACAGCGAUGUUUAAAAUGGCAGAGGCUUCUCAAGCCAGAGAGAUGGGACAGUCUUCCAAACUCUUUCAUCAAAAACGAAAGCAAUCUGGACCUCCUACACCCAGGACAAAGAUCCUGGCAUUCUUGGUAACCUUUUACUCUGCCAUCCUUAACAUUUCUACAGAAGUGUGGCAGAAAUCAUCUCCAAGACUGAAAGCUGGCUUCCUGUCAUUCACAUGAAUCUACCAUAGGCAAAGACACUGUAUUCUCAGCCCUUGCCUCAUGGAUGGCGAAACAGCCAGGAGCCUGACACCCUAGCAGCCACCUAUCCACCUAACCCUGAAAGAACAUAUUUUUAUUUCCAUGAACUAUACUUUUUCCCCGGAAGCUCUAAUAAUUCGCAUAAAAAUUUACAUCUGGGACUUCUAUAACAAUAUAAGAUAAUUCCAUGCUCUUUUUUCAGUGUGAAAAGUUCCUCUUUGAAAGAAAUAGGAUUUUGUCAAUAUCCCCACCACUAGCAUAGUGAGAAGAGGAUCUCAAUCAAGAUAAAAAAACCCAAAUGACUGGAGAGUUGGGAUGGGUACAGUUCAUAGACACUGGCAUAAUGACCUCUUUCUUUUUUGUAUUAGGAAAAUAAAACUGCUUUUUUCAUGAGUGUCUUUUACUAAGAAGAAUUAAAAGAGGGACGUCUGAGUUUCCCAGUAAUGCUACCGUUAAACAGCUAGAAGUAAAGCAUUUAUACAGCUUGUCAUUAAAAUCAACAAAAACGUAGUGGUACAUGAUGACAAAAUAGUCUAGCUACACUAGAAAAAUAUAACUGCAUAGAAAAAUUACAAACUAAAGCAAUCCAUUCACAGUUUCUACAUAUGUUCUCUUUAUACACUGAAUUAGAUCUA